CUCUGUGGCCGAAGAGGUGAACUACAACUGACCAAACGCGGAAUUGCCACUUUUGUCCCUUGCGACUUGUGGUUGAACGUCGCUGUCAUGUCUGCCCCGCUGCUGUCUCUACACAGAUGCUGCCAGCAGACGGCUCGCCUCCUUAUUUCGAGGCGAGCCUCGUGGAGCUCCAGCUCAGCGUCCUCCCUUCCUCUGCACCACAGGAUCCUCUCCUACCUCUCCCAACGUUUCUACGAUGUGGAGAUGUUCUUGAGCUUGAAGUCUGUGGUGACGGCGAAGAUAAUCCACAUGAAGAAUGGCCAAUAUGACGACUUUAAGCGUGAGCAUGGAUAUGACAUGCUAGCACCAUAUUUUAUCUUGAAGAUGAAAGGACGAUUUAGGUUUGUUGGCCAGUCGGAGUGGUUCCAGGCAGAAACCGGGCGCAAGUUCAACUGGGCCUUCAUGCAACACAGUGGCUCGCUGUUAGAGGAGGUCGACGUGAGCUAUUCAAUCAUCAACCACGUAGGAAUCAUGAACAUGGUGGGCCAGAAAGCUUUGAGGACAUUGUCCGUACGAGGAUGUCCUGAAGUGGACGACUGGUUUCUGUCCAAACUCCAUGAGUUCCAGGACUCGCUGGAGGAACUGGACAUCUCUCACUGUCCAAAAAUCACCGUAGGCGGCCUGGCUGCACUCAGAAACCUCAAGGGGCUGCGGCGUCUGGAUGUGUCGUCCCUUCCUCGGGUUUCGAGUCCUGGGUUGGUGGUUAUCCUGCUGGAGGAGAUGUUACCACAGUGUCACAUCACUGCUGAAGGCUACGACCACAGCCUGACACAGGAGGGGGAGGAGGAGAAGGAGGAGAAGGAGGCGCAAAGAGUCCUCUGAGAGAGCUCUGCUGUCGUCUGAUGGACUAAAGUCACGUAGGAGGAAACCGAAGAAGUGGAGAGAUGAUUCCUCUGAUUUUUGCAGCAAUACACUACAUGCAUAAACAGGUGCAUCUCCAUCAAGGUUAUAAUAGUUUUGGAUUUUUCAUUAGUUUUAGUUUUAAUUUCAU